AUGAACACGGCAGAGCUUGUGUGGCUUUUCAGAUGGGCGAUAUUCAUAUCAAAUAUCUCUCCCCAGGGUGGUGACACCAUCCUUCUUUUUUUCUGGCAACCAGCUGUCGACGAACAGUGCCUGACACGGAGCUACAAGUACCGGCCUCCCACUAGCUCUGGCGUCUAUUUAGUCCAGGCACAGAAACCCGUAGCGUGGCCACAAGCGAGGUUGUUUCCCGCGGCUCUCCUGGAAGUUGGAGAAGUUAGCAUUGGGGCUCUGUACUCCAGUUUUUCGCACCCCAAAUUAACUACUCUUGCACAAAAUCGCGGGGUAACACAUGAGAGGGUUGGUAGGCGAGUACGGAGUAGCUACAUCUCUGUACAGUACAAACUCUUGGGUGUCAGUAUGGCCUCGCACGUAUAUCUUAUACUCCAUACAGCUGUAGUAGCCUGGCCGAAUGAACAAGCAGAGUACUCCGUACACCCAGCCUCGAAGAAUGACACAACAUUUGCAAGUGACGAUCCCAAGUCAGACGAGACUAAGAGAGGAGGAGAGCUUCUAGAAUUUCGAUCGUCCUGA